AUGGCUGUCGGGGCUUCGGUCGGGGAGAGCCAGCUCCAAAGGAUUAUCCGAGAUCUACAUGAAGCUGUUGGGGAACUCGCUAAAGAGUACAAGGAAAAUGGCGAGCCAAUCACAGACGACAGCACCAGUCUGCACAAGUUCUCCUACAAACUGGAGUAUCUGUUACAGUUUGACCAGAAGGAGAAGACAACAUUUCUUGGCACAAAGAAAGAUUACUGGGAUUACUUUGCUGACUGCCUGGCUAAAAUUAAAGGCGCAAACGAUGGCAUUCGCUUUGUCAAAUCCAUAUCAGAGCUGAAGACAUCAUUGGGGAAGGGCCGAGCAUUCAUUCGUUACUCCCUUGUGCACCAGCGAUUGGCGGACACGCUGCAGCAGUGCCUCAUGAACCAGAGAGUCACCAGUGACUGGUACUAUGCAAGAAGCCCCUUUUUGAAGCCUCACCUAAGUGUCGAUAUCAUCAAUCACUUGUACGAACUCAACGAGAUUCACUUUGACGUCGCCUCCAGAGGAUAUGACCUUGAUGCCUCCUGGCCUACUUUUGCAAGGAGGACACUGGGAGGUGCAAGCUCACCCGGACACACAUGGAAACCACCAAGUCGUAGUUCCAGUAUUAACAGUCUGGCCAGCAAUUACUCCCAGCAAGCAUCUGAUUUCCUGUCAAGCCCUGACUAUGGUCAGAGUCUGCUGAAUGACCUGAACGAGUCCUUGCCUCCAUGCAGCGAAGACGUCAGCACUGUUGAAGAACUACGUCUGGAGCUGGAUCGCUCUGAUUUGAAACAGCAGGAACUCCUGAAUAAAGUGCAGCAGAUGAGCGGGGAGGCCGAGGAGCUCAGAGGGGUUGUGGUAGCGUUGCAGAGGCAGCUUGAUCUAUCGCUCACAGCGCAAGAAGAGCAACGAGGUUUGCAGGGAGAGCUAAGGGAUCUGCAAGUUAGAGAAGAGAGUCUUUCUAGAGAAGUGGAAAAGCUCAGGACUGUAGAAAAAGCCAUGGAAUCGGAACAGCGCCUUCUUCAAGAAAAGUUGGCGGCCACUGAAGGGAAAAACAUUGAGCUGCUGGCCAAGUUGGACGGGGUUCUGAGUGAGAAGGGCCAACAGGCAGCCAGUCACUUUGAUUCAGCACAAAAGAUACACGAGCUGUUGGACAGCUUGAAGGAGGCAGAGAAGUGUAAGAUCGAGGCAGUUGCUGAGUCUGAGGAGAAGAAGCGGCAGACAGAAAGGACAAAGGAAGAGAUGAGGGCGAAGGAGGCUGUGGCAAAGGAUGCUGAAACGAAGCUAAGAGCAUUACUGACAUCUGAGUCUGAGGAGAAUAGAAAACUCCAGACUAAAAUAGAGGAACAGUGCCUCUCCCUUGACAUGCUGCAGGGUUCCUUGACGCUGAGAGAAAAAGAGACCAGCAACUUACAGAGGCAACUUCAGGACCUCCAAACAUCUCUGGAGAAAAAGGAGAAAGAGGCAGAGGAGGUGAAAAUGAGGGCACAAGAGGACCGAGGGGAGCUGCACAAGGAGUUUAAUAACCAGAAGGAAACUUUAGAAGAAGAAAUUGCUUCUUUAAGGGAGCAGAAAGAGAUUAAAGAAGUAGAGUUGACCUCCAGCUUGCAAAAGCUACAGCUCCUUGAAGGCCGCAACCAAAGCCUGAGCGCCGAGAGGGACAAGCUGAUGACAAAACUUGACACCCUUGAGACUUGCGUUCGAGAACAAGAUGCAAAAAUAGAAGACUACAGAACACAGUGUACCAAUCUAAUGGAAUUACACGAGAAGCUUCUGACCACGGCGAAGAAAAAUGAGGAUCUUAACAAGGAGUUGACAGAAAACCGAAAACUUCUCGAAGGUGAAUUAGCAUCCCUAAGGGCUUCUGAGAAACAACUAAGAAGGCAGCUAGACAAUGCUAAGAUGACAGUAGGUGAAAAAGAAAAGGGGCUGCGUGAGGAAAACCUCAAGCUGGAGGAGAGUCUGCAGCGGGCCAAUAUUGCCGCCAACCUCUCAGAUGUUGCGUCAAAGAAGCUUGAGAAGGAGAACAUGAGCCUGAAAGAGGAACAGGACACUGUCAAAGAAUCUCUCUUCCGCAUGCAGGCCGACUUAAAGAGUGUUCACGGGCAGCUCAGCGAGCUCGAGAAGAGCUUAGGAGACUCACGAAAGAGUGAAGCCUGCCUUCAGGAACAACUCCGAGCUGUGGAGGCGCAGCUGGAGAGUAAAGAGAAGCACCUGAUUGAGGUCCAGUCCAGGGUGAUGACUCUGGAAGCUACAGAGAAGGAGCUGGAGUUAUCAAAAGCAAAGGCAGAAGCAGCUUGUGCAAAACAGACAGAAAUGAUUGAAAUGGUUACCUGUGAGAAGCAAGCAAUGGAAAAAUGCCAGCUCGAGAGAAGUGCCAUCCAGGCUAAAGAGAAUCAGGAGGCGGCCGUUAAGCUAACCGUAAUGGAGGGCCAGUUGGAGGUUAGCAUGAAAGAAGUGUCCAGGCUCCAGGCGGACAUCCUUGACCUCAAGGUUAGCUCACAGAGAUCAGAGGAGGAGAAACUUAAGUCCCAAGCCCAGCUAGAGGUGACCGAGGCCCAGAGAGAUGAGCUGCGGACUCUGACCGAGCAGCUUAAAGUCCAGACUGAAGCCCUGAACCAGAAACAUGUAGCUGAGCUCCUAGAGUGCAAAAAGAAAGAAGAGGCACUGACAGAACAGCGCGACAGAGAGAUGGCAGCCCACGCUGAGCUCUCCAUCUCUGCAGCCGCCCUCCGAGAGGAAUUGGCUGCCCUCAAAGCAGAGAACAAUCGUCUUGACCUGGAGAACACAGAGACACGAGAAGGCUUACACCGAGCCAACACAGAAAUGGCUGAGCUGGGAAUAACGAUCUGUAAGCUAGGCGCAGAGAAGGAAGAGGCCAGGAAGCACUGGGCAGAUGACACCGCCGCUAUCGAGGAACUGAGGCACGAGGUCGAGCGCCUGGAGGAAUGCGUGGGCCAAUUGCAACUUGAGAAUGAAAGACUAGAAGGAGAGCUGACUCUUCAAGAGAAAUUCCCAGAAGCGAUCGCAAAACUUCAAGAACAACUGGAAAAGAGCAGGAACCAGCUGGAGAACCUCAAGCUUUCUAGUCAAGAGGAGAUGGAGGCUGUGAGGUUUCAGAUGAGCUCCGAUAAUAUGAACCAUCAAGUCCAGUUAAAGAAUGCGGAGAAACAGCAACUGCAACUCAAAAGCCAGCUUCAGGAGGAGAAGAAGACUGUGUCGGGUUUGCGGAAAAGAGUGUCUGAACUUCAGGCUGAGAAUGAGAAGUACCUACAGCUGAGCGGUGAGAAGGACGCUCAUAUCACCAAGACUGAAGCGACCGUUCGCGAGAGUGACGGCGCAAUUCAGCAGCUGAGAGAAGCCUUAACCAGUGCCGAAAACGCACACUUGGCAAUGCAAAAUGAAUGCGAAGAGUUGAAGCGUAAACUUGGCACGACAGAAGAUGCCAGACAAAGUCAGCACGUUAAGAUGACAGCUGAGAUAGAUGACCUCAACAGGACCAAGGUCAACCUAGAGGAGCGUCUCAUUGAGCUUAUCAGGGACAAAGAUGCUUUGUGGCAGAAGUCUGACGCCCUGGAGUUUGAGCAGAAACUGCGGGCGGAGGAGCGCUGGUGGUUGGUGGACAAAGACGCCACUCAUUGCCUUGGCUGUCAAGGCCAAUUCACCUGGUGGCUGCGCAGGCAUCACUGCAGGCUCUGCGGCCGCAUUUUCUGCUACUACUGCAGUAACAACUAUGCCAUGAUCAAGCACAGCGGAAAGAAAGAGCGUUGCUGCAAGGACUGCUACAGUCAACACAGCGCAGUUGUGGAACGGUUCACCGCUGCAGAGCUUAGCCCAUCUGAACAGCAAUCUUUACCGCCCGGAGCUGGACCUCAUCCUACACCUGAGCCUGCCCCGUAUCUUCCCACACCCAGUGUCACAGUUUCAGACCCGAUCAACAAGCCUGAUGACGGCACUUUUGACAUCAUCACAGAAGAGGAGGUAAACGGCGUCUAUGACAGUGACACCAAUUCACAGACCACUGGCGGCUCUUUUGAGGGAGAUCAAGAGCGAAGGCCACCCGGAUCCUUGGACAUAGGUGUAGGAGAAUUAACCCCUGAUGAGCCGGAGGAGAACGUUGCCCCUGUACAGGAUUCGGAAAUCAACCUUCUGAAGUCUGGAGAACUCACAAUGACAGUCCCGCUUAGCAUCGAGGACAUUUCCCAGUUUGGCGAUGGCUCCCGUGAACUCUUCAUCAAGUCCAGCUGUUACAGCGUGGUGUCUGUUGCUGUGGGCGACUCGGGGCCAACCAUCAGCUGGAUGUUUUCCUCUGAACCUAAAAGCAUCUCCUUCAGUGUUGUUUACCAGGACUCUUCUGAAGCUCAAGUGGAACAAUCAAAGGUCCUCAUUCCACUGACACGGUGCAAUUCCCACAAAGAGACCAUCCAGGGACAGCUGAAAGUGCGUCGGCCGGGCAUCUACGCGCUCAUCUUUGACAACUCUUUCUCACGGUUUAUCUCCAAGAAAGUCUUCUAUCAUCUGACCAUGGAAAAACCCAUCAUCUACGAUGGAAGCGACUUCCCUUGA